CAACCAUGGCAGAGCAAGCAGAGGCAGACUUUUAAGGUUCCCUAACUGUGGUGGUUGUUUAAGUUAAAGGGGACAUGUUUUUGUUCCAAGCAAUUUCUGUCGAAGAAAGAGAGAGCGAGAGCUUGAUGAUGAUGACGACGACGACUGACGGGUAAUCUUGAUAUUCUGAAAAUUUCUCUUUGAAUCAAACUGUUUGUUGAUGUUCCAUGGAAGAUAAAGAUGAAGAUGAUGAAGAGAAGCUUUUAAGCAGUUGUUUAAAAUUGUGGGAAUUAACUCAUUCUAAGUCCCAAUAACCCAAUAAAGGUAACUCCUUUUUCCCUUUCUACACUUCCCCACUAGUGUAGUACAUCACUUUUUGCCUUUUAUAUUAGCUCUCUUCUUCUCUCUUGAGAGAGCUUCACUACCCCCCAUUUCAAUGGCAGUCAUAACUGAAGAAUCAGAAUCAAACCCAAUGAAUCCUUCAACUAGCAAAACCCCCAACCCACCAUCAUCACCACCCAAACCCUCAUCGUCCGCGCCAAAUCCAUUCACUUUUUGGUUCUAUUUCACUCUUACAGUCUCUCUCAUAACCCUCCUUUUCGUUUUUCUCUCUUCUCUCUCCCCACAAGACCCUAAAUCAUGGUUCCUCUCCCUCCCCACCAAUCUCCGCGAUCACUACUCCAAAGGUCGAUCUAUCAAGAUACAAAUCUUCUCAAAUCAGCCGACAAUCGAGGUAUUCUCUAUCCAAGAUGGACCCAUCUUAAACUCCGAUAAUGUCCUUAUACUACAUGGUUUAGGUUGCAGUUCAUACAAUUUCCGUAAAUUGCUCAAAUCUCUAGCCAAUAAAGGCCUUCAUACCGUCGCUAUAGAUCUACCUGGUUCAGGGUUUUCUGAUAAAUCGAUUACAUUGGUCGAGGAAAUAGAAGGGUUAAGAACGAUUUGGGAUGUAUAUAAUGACAUUAAAGAUAAGGGAUUGUUUUGGGGAUUCGAUCAGUUAGUUGAACAAGGAUAUGUAAACUAUGAUGAUCCAAAAGAGAAUAAUAGGGUUUAUACUAGAGAGAGUUUGAAUGCUAUAGAACUGGAUUCAGAACAGAUGGGUAGGGUUCUUGGGCAGGUGAUUGAUUCAUUGAAAUUGGCUCCGGUCGAUUUGGUUUUACACGAUUCCUCUUUGGUAUUGAGUGCUAAUUGGAUUUCGGAAAAUCCAGGUUUGGUUAGGAGCGUAACACUAAUCGAUACCUCUUCAAACACAGAAUCAGCUUUGCCUUUGUGGUUAUUGCAAGUUCCUGUGGUUAGGGAGGCUGUUCUAGGGCUGACAUCAGUAUUUGGAAAGGUUAUCGAAUCAUGUUGCUCAAAAUCUGUCAAUGGGUUGGAUUUGGAGGCAAAUAGGAUACUUUUGAAGGGAAAAGAAGGGAGAAAGGCUAUUGUUGGUAUGGGAAAGAGAUUGAAUUGCAGUUUUGAUUUGAUGGAAUGGAGUGGUUCUGAAGGUGUGAAAGAUUUGCCUAUUCAAGUUAUCUGGUCAAGUAGCUCAACUGAUAAAUGGGUUCAAGAGGGAAAACGAGUAGCCACUGCAUUUCCACAUGCAUCGAUCCUUACUCAUUCGGGUGGAAGGUGGCCUCAGGAUGAUAAUGCUCAUGAACUGGCUAAAAGUAUUUAUGGGUUUUUGUCAAGUUUACCAAAACCCAUUAAGGAGAGUGAAGAAAUUUUGGUAGAGCAGCGUGUGAAGAAGAUUAAUGAUGAAGCGAUUGAUAACCAACACCAUAUUCACGAUGAUCAUGAUCAUGGGCAUGGUGGUUUUAUGGAUGCAUAUGGACUUGGUCAUGGAUGGGGAAGUUGAAAUCCAUUAGAUUAUUGAAGGAAGAUUGUCAAAUUGAUAGGUUAGGGUGUGUCAUAUUUGAUGCUACAAGAAGAAGGCGAUGACAUCGACACUGUUAGCAUUUUUUGUUUGCAAAUCUCGUCCUAUUUUUGCCAAAAACUGAUCAAAUAUUUAUUUGCCUUUAGUUUUGCUUGUAAUCUCAUGUGUUUUCUUUUAUAUAACUAACAUGGUUUGUUUGACAUGUCUAAAUUAAGGAUGUUCUGUCCA